AUGAGUGUGAUGCAGACGACGAGUCGCCUUAUGGGCAGCAUAUGCCAUCAAAAUGGAGUCGUGGACGGUUUAAUGCAUUACGGCGUGCCCUUCGUCUCCGCUGCCGCUUCGUCGCCGCAGCUCCAGCCGGCCGCAGCGACAUUGGACGCCGUAAACGGUAACAGCGGAGCCGCCAAACAACGACCAACCGAGGUGAAGUUACCCUCUAAGGGCAGCUUCACCACUAUAAACCACCUUAACAGUCAAGACGACGACGACGACGACAUGGAGGACAGCCAAGGUUCCCCGCCAGGAACGCCGAGCCCGGAGGAAGAGCACGACGGCGGGAACAACAUCGUGGACGCCGAGACUAGGCGUCUCAUUAGCCGUUUUCUUAGUGACUUUACCGGGCUUUCAACAGCUCGUUGGAACGAAAGCAACGCACACAAAACCAUGCAAAGGGUAGUGACGACCUUGUUGGAAAAGCACAAGUAUAAAUACAAUGGUAUCAUCAACAAAUUGUCACUGGACGACCGAGGGGACAACGUGAGCUUUGUGAGCGAAGUUGCCAAAAGCCUAUUCUCGGACGGAACCACCAACUGGGGCCGGGUGGCCAGCCUGGUGGCUUUCGGCGCCGUCGUGUCCCAGUACCUGAAAGAAAAAGGCCGGGCCCACUGUGUGGAGCUGGUGGCCCAAGAGAUCUCUUCAUAUCUUCUCUCGUACCAGCGCAACUGGCUGGUGAAAAACAACUCUUGGGAUGGCUUUGUAGAAUUUUUUCGGGAAGUGGACCCGGAGGCGACCGUGAGGAACACGCUAAUGGCCUUUGCCGGAGUGGCCGGCAUCGGCGCCACGCUGGCCCUGUUGAUCAGGUGA